ACGAGACGCACAGAGACAACAAGAGCGGGAGCAGCAGCAGUCUACUCGUACGACAAAGGUUGCCGAUGAUGCUUUCAACACCCCCCAGUUCAACACUCCCCGCCGGCCUCUAACACCCCAGGUUGUGACCGUUGAGCGUGUACCCAAUUUCACCGAAUCUUCUCAACCUCCGUCUUCAGGGCGACAGCAAACGCGUCCAGAUAUCAGACUUAGCCGAAAGGAUACAUAUGAUAUCCAAAUGGCAGAAGAAGAGAGAAGGCGAGGAAACGAUUCGGGAUCUCGGCAUAGAGACCCUCGAGAUGACCACGGAUACGAAGAAGAGGAAAGAGAAGCUCGGUCCAUCCUAGACGAAGCCAAACGUUCGACGAUUCCAGUCGCUGCCGUCGCAGUCGCAUCCGCCAUUGCUGUUGAAGAAGAGCGGUCGCGAGAGCGCAGACGCCGCGAUUACUCUGAUGAUGGCUCUCGUGACCGAAGCCGACCCCAUAAGGAUGUCGUCCAGGAGGAAGCUGACAAAUACUAUCGCGAAUCUGUAAUUGCUCGAAAGAUUGCUUCUGAUGAGAUCCGGUCUCAAAGCAAAUCUCCAGAUGGGUCCGUGGUGGACAAAUGGGAUACACCGCCUGUUGAAGAGCACAUCACCAUUGUCACGCCACCCAAUAUGGAAGGCAAAGAGCAUGAGGAUGAUGACCCUUACGGCGCCCCUAAUGCCGAUGUCAAAAUCGACAACGAAAUUUUCCCCUACGAGACCGACAAAUUUAGAGCUACCAGGGGCGUCGAUGCUCCGAGAUUCAGGUCCAAGGAUCCCUCAUGCGAGCGUGAACGGCCCCUGUUGAACAUUGUUCGUCCUACUCCGGUUCCUAGCCCCGAUUCUACGGCAGCGGCUCGUCGAGGACCAGAGCAGCCGACGGAAGUUCCUGCAUCUCGAGAUAUACAUGAAGAAGAAUCACUGGCUGACUCGUCAGAAGAUGAAGAGGCCGAGCCAAAAGGCGAGGCGACUCAAUCGUCACCGACUGGCAAGUCUGUCUCUUGGGGUCAAAACGAAAUCAAUCGCUUCGUGGUCGAAUCUCCUGAGGCUCGCAGCCGUGCCGAAUCCCCAAACGAGCUGGCUGAGGCGGAGGAAAAACCCAGGCCCCGUCUCAGCAAGUCUAGCAGAUGGGGCAAGAUCGCCGCCGUGAUCGCCGCCGGCACUGCCGAACCGAUCUCCGAGCUUGAUCGAAACACUGAGCCGAGCAGUCGCGAUCUUCCUACCGAUGGCGAUGCAUCGUCUGCUCCGGGCUCUAAAAUACCUGAUCCUGAGCCGGAGCAGAUGCCUGGGAGUUUCGAUGACGAGGAGUUUGCUGCUACUGUAGCGGCUGGCCUAGAGAAGACUGGGUUUAAUCCUAAUAUCGUAAUUGACGACCCGGCCUUUCGCCGCCGAAACCCUCGCCCUGAAACAAAUGAGACACCCGCACCUCCCAAUGAUACCCAAAGAGAUGAGCAGAGAGCAAGAGAGGAGAUAGAGGUCGAGGGGGAUCUCUCAUUGACUGAUACGGAAGAUGAGCAUGAUGAGAAGACCCAGAAGCAGAAGAAGGUGAAUGCGCUGGAAAAAUAUCUUGAAAUGAGGCAGUCUGGCGAAAUCAAGCCCCCUUCUCAGCUGCAGGAAUCGGCCCAGCUACCAACCGUGGAAGAGCGACCAGUCACACCUCCUCAAAAGAGCAACAGCGAGCAGCGAAAGGCACUUGAGGCGUUUCUCCAAAAGAGACAAUCAGGAGAGAUUAAGCCACCGCGGGAAGUCCUAGAAGCCAGGGAGUCGCGCGAUUUGGAGCCAACCUCCGAGACAAAGACUGGACCAGUACAUGGACCCGAACUCGAACCCGAACGACCACCGAUCAGGAAACUUGAACCUGAGGCUUUGCGCGAACUAGAAGAGAAUGCCUCCGACUUUGAACCCCCCACCCAGUCAAAGAAGAAAAAAAAGAAGAAGAGACGAGAUCCUGAUGACGAAAAUUCCAAGUUGUCCAUUCCUGGAGACGAGGCUACAGAGAUCUCCAGGAUUUCAGUACCUGGUGACGAAGCUACCGUCUUUAGCGUUGAGGAUUGGGAAGAUUGGGAUAGUUCUCCUGGGGCGUCCACACGAAGGUCGUUAUUGGCUGGAUCAGAGAUGUCGACUUCCAGCAGAAGGAGCACUCGACUAAGGCGCCCGCGUAGCUCUACUUUUGACCUCCCCGAAACCAACGGCAGUGAGCAUCCAGGGGAUGAUCGUGUAGAUGACCGUGGCGUGAGCUCCGUUGUCUCGGAGCCUCACGACGAAGAAAGGAAGCCGAGAAGCCGGGAGAGCAAAUCUCUACGACAUAAUGAUAAUAGCGAGAAACAUGUUUCAUCGCGUAAAUCCCGCAAAGUCUCUGGGAACAAGAAACCCGGCCUUUUCUCAGGCAUCUUCAACAAACCUGGCGACAAAAACGGCCGAACCAAGGUCGUUGAUGAGAAGCGAGACUCUUUUUUUGAGCAAGCCGACACUCUAGGCGCGGGUGUCGGCUCAGCGAGCCUUGCUGCAGCUGCAGCAAUGGCCUUGAACCGCUCAAAUGCCGCCGAUGUCUCCUCGGAACCGGAGAACAUCUCGCGAGAACUCUCUGGCUCGAACCAAGAGUUUAACGACCAUUACCCCGUGAUUGCUCCCAGGGCAAUCGCAAUUGACCCUCAGUACAGAGAUUUGCUUCCUCUGCCCCCAAGCGAACCGGGAAGCCCCGUGGAGAGUGACUUUGGUGGGCUACCCGGCCUGCCUGACAGUCGCCCUGCAUCGCCGAUAGAAGACCGAGACCGAAGAUUCGACACGAUUCAUCGCCGGCAGCGAAGCAACCAAGAUCUAGCAGCAAGUGCCCGCAACCGAUCGUACAGCAACACCGCGGUGCCCCUCGCAGCACUUCUCAGGGGCAUCGGAUCCGGGCCCCCCAGCCCUGUUGCCAACAAGCCUCCCCGUACCCCUCCCCGUCCAACUUCUUGGGACAGCACCAAGGAGUUUAUGCCUCUGAUGCUUCUUGAGCAUUCGCGACGAGGAUCCCUUGACAGAAGCGUGAAAAGCGAGGAGCUGCCGCCACUGCCCCCUAGCGAAGUGACAAGUGAAGCCGAGGGUGGAGAUAUCGAAGAUUUCCGAACCCCAAUGCCAUACCCGGACGACGAUUUCCGGCUUCGGCUCCAGACUGAAGGUCUUCCUGCCGAGAGAGCUGUUGCAUCUGGAGAAUCCGAAGGAUCCACACCAAAAGCCGAUCUGAC